AAUAUUUUUGCCGCUCUAGAUUCCAGAUUUCGUUGAAUGAAAGCCGUGGUAUCUCUAUGAUUCUGAAAAAAGGUGCCGAUGGGCUUGGAGGGCACGUUGAGCUAGGUGAACUGUUUCCGGUCGCCGCGGUGCAUUGUGGUACAGAAGUCGUUGAGAGUUUGUGCUUCGCGCCUGAGCCCAGUAAAACGAGUCGCCAUGUCUCACACAAUUUUGCUUGUUCAGCCUACCAAACGACCAGAAGGCAGGACUUAUGCUGAUUAUGAAUCUGUGAAUGAGUGCAUGGAAGGAGUUUGUAAAAUGUAUGAAGAACACCUGAAGAGAAUGAAUCCUAACAGUCCUUCAAUCACAUAUGAUAUUAGCCAGUUGUUUGAUUUCAUUGAUGAUUUGGCUGACCUCAGCUGUCUUGUUUAUCGUGCUGAUACUCAGACAUACCAGCCCUACAAUAAAGACUGGAUAAAGGAGAAGAUCUAUGUCCUCCUCCGCAGACAAGCUCAGCAAGCAAGCAAAUAAGACAGCAUGGUUAACAGGGCUUUAAAGAAGGGUUAGACUACAGGUCUGUACAGCAUUCUGUAGUGACAAUUUUGUAUUGUAGUCCUCCAGUUCAUUCGUUAGUCUGUAUAUGGGACUGAGUCUGUUAGAAUUUUGAGGGAAUUUUUCAGUUCAGAUUUUUAACAAUAAAAUAAUUAGUUUAAUACUUCUCUUUGUUUAGACAGUUUAUUUUUGUUCAGCAAGCCCCCAUGAUUGCUUCCAUCAGCAUUACCAGUUGUUGUGUAUGUCCUUCUCUGUUUUUCUCCACAAGUCAUCAAAGAAUUCAAUAAAUUCUCUUUAGUUAUA